CCCUACUCUUGGCACGCAAUGUAUUGGUUUCAUCUUGCCUUCUCGCCAUUUGGCACUCCCGAAAUCGACGGUGGCGCCAUCUUGUCUUAACUAUUGAGCGGUUAUCGACGGAACGCGUCAAAAUCUAGUCCAAAUUGUGAAUUGGCACUCUUGACAACCUUUUUGACAGAUGUUAUUGUGUUCCAUCUUGUGUUGAGGCAAGUCGUCUACGCAAGAACAAAUAUACAACUUUACUGAGUUUUAAGUAGAGAUUUUUGAAUAAAUUAGCUGGUUAAAUGGCUCGUUUAGUGCUUCAAUUUUCGAUUUUGCGUAAUGCGCAUCGAAGGGAUUUGCGGAGGCGCAGAAAUCAGCGGCGAAUGGUCCGCUAUUUGGACGAGGCUUUGGAAAUGAGCGAAGCGGAAUUCAGAGAAAACUACCGCCUCAGUAAAGCUCUAUUCGAGGAUUUGUGUGGAGACAUUGGGCCGCUUAUGAAGCAGCCAACACGGGUAACCGAUAUCUCCAUAAGAUAUAAGAUUUUAGUGGCAUUAUCUUUUUAUGCUACCGGCAGCUAUCAAAGGCUUGUGGGCAAUAGCCAUGGUACCCUAAUGUCCCAACAAUCAGUGUCUCGGGCAAUAUCAGAGGUCACAUGUGCACUUAACAAUCCCACAGUCGUUGGGAAGUGGAUAAAGUUUCCCCAAAAUGAAGUAGAGCGGGAAAUUUUGAAAAGGAGGUUUUAUGAAAAAUAUGGCAUACCAGCUAUAAUUGGUUGCAUAGAUGGCACCCAUGUGGCCAUCAUUCGUCCACAAAAUUUUGAGGAGAGAUACUUCAACCGCAAGCACUACCAUUCCCGGAAUGUCAUGAUUAUAUGUGAUGCAGACCUAAAUAUAUUGUGCGUUGAUGCAUCCUUUGGCGGUGCAUCCCAUGACAGCCAUGUGUGGAACCAGCACCCGGUGAAAGAACACCUCAUAAAUCUACAAAGAACUGGAGAGAGGGUGGCAUUGCUGGGUGAUUCUGGUUAUGCACAGAGGGAGUACAUGAUGACCCCCAUUGUGGAUGCGCCAGCUGGCUCUCCUGAGGAGUAUUACACGCAAAAACAUUGCACAGCUCGCAACACAGUGGAACGCGCCAUUGGCGUAAUAAAAGCAAGGUGGCGGUGUCUUCUUGGCCACAGAGUCCUCCAUUACCACCCUGACAAGGCAGCAAGUAUAAUACACGCAUGUGUUGUGCUUCACAAUAUGUGCAACCAGGCACAUUUAGACUUGGACCAAGCCCACGACGAGUUGCAGGGGGAACUGGCUCCAGCCCAGGACAUCGGGGAGCUGCAUGGUGGACCGGCUGGAGGCCCUGGCAACGAAGAGCUACACAGGGGAGAGGCAGCUCGGGCACAACUGGUCCGACAACUUUGGGCCUCUCGCUAACAAACUAUAAAUUAUAGUAUCUUGUAAAUAGUAUGUCUUGACUAUGACUUGUAAAAAUGUUUAUUUAAAUAAAAAUGUAUGUAAAUUUCA